GCAGGGCUAUAUAAAAGUCAUAUUUACCUAACGCAGGAUAUACGAGGAUUAAUAAUAUUGUUGUUAUAUGUUGUUGCUUUGAGAGAUUUACAUCUAGGAUUAAGAUACAAAAGAACAAUGGUGAGCAGGGAGGUAAAAGACAAGCUAGAUAGGAUUCACCAAUAUGAUCAUCCGUUACGUUUGUUUGGUAGGCACAAGUUACACGUGCUCAAAGAACUCGUGAAAUACUCCAAAUAUUCUAAAAAAUUAGGAGCUCAUAUGGUAUCAUCAAAGGCCGGGGAUUUCCAGGAGGAACACGAGAAGGAGCUGCAGCAAGCUGUCGAUGAAUCAGAGGAACGAGCCACCAGAGAACUUAAAGCGGCACUGAAACGUCUUAGGGAAGAUAAAGAUCAUGAAAAAAGUACAGCAUUGCGUAACCAGAAGGAGUACUAUGAAAAGAUCCAGAGACGAGUGGAGGAACAGAGAAACCGAGCAGAAGAAGAACGUGACAGAGAGAACACUAAGAAAUUUAUACAAGAGAAGGAAGAGGCUCUGGCACAACAAUGGGAGGAAUGCGAGAGACUAAAGGAAGAAGCCGUUGCACUAGCUUGUGAAAAACUAACUCAUAAACUCAAACUUGAAUUUGCCUAUGAGAAAGAACAAGCUGUGGCUGAAGCUCUGAGAAUAGCAAAGGAGAAAUAUUUGAUACGGGAACGUAACACAAUAGAGAAGACUAGACGUGAAUGUGAGGAAGCUGCCAGACAGGAAGCUGAGAGAGUUGCCAAACUUCAUCAGCAAGACAUAGAUAGGUGCAACGAAAGGUAUAAUUUGUUGGAAAGGAAAUGGUUAAGAGAGAUAGACUGUCGGAAAAAUGUGGAACAAGAUUUCAGGGAAUUACAAGAUGACUAUAGGCGGUUCAUGGACUACACAGAUGGGAUGUUCCACUCGGAUUACCUCAUGCAGCUGAGGCAUAUGGGCCAGAGGCUUGCCGAGAAACAGAUCAAGGCGGUCACAUAUGAAGACAUCGAGAAAAACUUUGAAAGUAUAGAAGAGGAGCCAGAAUUCUAUUGAGUAGACUGUGCUGAAAAUUAUUGAGAUCUCAAUGCAGUGCAAGCUGAAAAUAUGUUUGAACCAGUCUCAAAAUGUCUAAAGAUAGUAACAAGUCUUGCCAUUGGUCAAUUUUGAAAUUGAUUUAACCAAUCAGGACCUUUAUACAAUAAUCAUCCCAUUUCAUAUUUCUGGUUGAAUUAUUUGAAGCAUUGUAGUUUUUUUUGUUUUGAACUGAAUGAUUAGCAAGCUUUAAAAAUAUAGCUUAGUAUUACCAUUAGCUUUAUAAUUUUUUAAAGAAUUGUGGUUAUUGGGUUAUAUUUUCAUGUUUUGAAUAUGACAAAAAUCUUGAUAAAUGUGAUCCCUUGGAAUACUAAAUGAAAUGUAUUACCAUAAUUGUGAGGAAUGUCCUAAAAAAAAUUAUCUCAAUCCAGUAGAUACUUUUUCUGAUCUUAUGUAAAUUAUAUGAUUAUCUACUUAUUUUGAUUAGGAAAUUAAUUUGUAGUUAUUUAGAGGAUUUAAGUUUAGGGUAUAUAAGAUUCACAUUCACAAAAAAAACAAAUUUGUUCCAAGUACAGUUUAGGUUUUUUGCAUGUUGGGUGCAAAUAAGUGCAAAAAUAACUCAAAAAUAAAUGUAGUUUCAUGGUUUUAUUAUAUUAUUUUAUGUAAUGAGAAAGUGCCAAUUUUACAUACAUAUCAAAAUAGUGCCUAUAUUCCAUUAAUUAUUUGUAUACAAACAUAAUUUUUCGUGUAUAUGUAUUUAUCUAUGUUAAACUGUGAUAUUUUGUUUAAGAUAUGUAUUAAUAUCUUUUGUGUGAUAUAACAACUCUGUGAUAAGAUGUCUAUGGUUAAGAUGAUAUUGACUUAACAAGUCCAUGGAAAUUUAGCAUAUUUUUAUCUUAGAAAGUACCUUUUUAAACCUUCUGUGCAGUCCAAUCUUCGUCUGCACUGUUGCAGCAUUCACUUGGUACGUUGUUUUUAUUUUCAUUUUGGUUUUGUAUCUGGUUCUUGUGUAAUUUGUUAAAAGGUAUAACACUUGCUGCUUCUGCAUCACUUGAGAUUGUAGCCUAGUAAAAUCCAUUAACGAGUCAAAUACUAAUUCUAGAUUCUGUUACUCAUGUCAUAACCCUGUUUUGUUUUAUGUCAUAAUGUGCCAUUUAGAAAAAAAAGUUGAUCAAAUAUGAAAAAAGAUUGUUUCUUAUCAGGAAAUGAAUUGUUUUCUAAUAUGAUUCUGAUAUGACAUUGGUUAUGGAAAUGUGUUUUAAAUUCUUUACUAUUACCAGACUUACAUUUUGUUCAUAUCUAUAUUAAAGCCAGGGGAGACAAUUCAAUUGAUUUAUGUAAUAAUAAGCAUUCAUAACUGACAGUUGUUUUUGGGUUCAUACUGUAAUUUAUGAAUUAAUGAAAUAAUAGAUUAAAUGUUUCCUAAUUACUGAGUAACAUGAUAAAAUCUAUAUCUCAUUUUGUUAAAAAUAAAUACAAUAACAACAAAAACCAAAAAAAUAUGAAAUUAUCUUUAAGUGAAAUAGAAAUCUUGGAAAAUCGUAAAAUUAUGUUUUAGUUUUGGUUGUUUGUAUUUGUGUUCAUUUAAUGUUUGUUUGUGUUCAAAUAUUGUAGACUAACUUGAGAUAGCAGGCACAGAACACUUGUUACAUUAAUCAAUUAAUCAAGCCCUACAAAUACACCUUAAGGCAUACCCUACUGAAACCAGAGGUGAUUACCCUUUGUCACCAGUAUAGGGCUAGGCCAACGAGCAUACCCAUUUGACCAGGCUCUAUACUGAUUGUCCCUCUAGUUUCGUACAUGUAUUUUGAUGUUAAAAUCAUUUAAACUUUGAAUGGAUUGUUCCAAAUUUAAAGCAGGGAAAAUCCACUUUUUAAAUUUAGGAGAAUAAAGGUUUUGGAAGUGUAAGCGGCAUGACUGACUUGUUUAUAUAAGGCCCAGUUAGUCUGUCCAUUAUCAUCCAUGCAAUCUUCCCAAGCUUUAAACUAUAGGUUUCUCCAGUGCCUAACUUUACAUAAAUUUCAGUAUGUGUGAUUUAUUUAUUAGAUAUUUUACUUAUAUAUUUUUUUAUAUCUCUUAUAUAAUAAGUUUAAAACUGUUAGAUACAUAUUUUUUCUGAAAUGAUCUACUGACGGUUUUUCAGAUAAAUGCAUCAGUUUUUAAAAAUGCAUCAUUUUUGAAUUGUUUCCCUUUAUUUACAAUAAUAACUUAAACACAAUAAUGCUUGCCUCCCUUUGAUUAAGUUUUCUCUCUCUUUUUUUUUUUUGCAUGCGUACAAAAAAUGUGUGAGAUAUGUUUGAAUAUCUCACUGUUUUCUGUAGUGCUUUAAAUUCUCUUUUUUCUUCUUGCUGCAUAGCUACCAGUAAAGAUACCUAGAGUAUCAUGUAUAUUAUGAACCAUAUAUUUUUAUUUGUAUUUUAUGGUAAUUUUAUGGGAUCAUGAAUUACUAGUGCUGUUUUAGUAUUUUACUGAAUUUUGAUGUGUAGUUGUGUGCUUAAGGUUGUUCUGAAUAUUUUUAUUGCAUUAUUUUUUUAAAUGUUAUUUUGCAAGUAUAUAACUGUGGUGGGAAGGAUUAUUGAUUCUUUCACACCAAUUAAAGUUGGUGUAAAAUUGAAAAUAAAUCUGAACUAGCAAUAUUUUAAAGAAAACAUCAAUACUGAAACUUUGUGUUUACAAUAUGUAAUGGUUUACUGUUUUAUUUAUAUAAUUUUUGUUUUAUUUGGGUGGGGGGUAUGGGAUGGAGUUAAGUAUUACUUUGCUUUGCACUGUUUCCAUUGCAAAGCAAGUCAAGUCCCUUACAUGCAAAGUUUUGCUUGGUUAGUGUUUAGGAUUAUAUAUUAUUAUUUUAGGUUUUUGCAUAAUACCGGAUUUGAUUUGCAGUGGUUGUAUCUAAUACCUUUAUCUUUUAUUAGUAGCAACCAUUUGGCUUCAAGUCCUUUAUAUAUCUACAUGUAUAUUUAAUAUCAGUAUUAUAAAUAUAGUGCACAUAUGUUUCUAAUGUACUCUUAGCUGCCUUGUUUAUGCACGGUUGACUUUAUU